AUGGCGAUAACUAGAGAUGUUCACUUCAAUGAGGAUGAGCAAUGGGACUGGGAAAAUUCACAAGGAACUAACAGACCUUCAAAAGAAUUUAGAAGCGAUUUUUUUGAGGAGGAGACAACAGACCAAUGGGAAAAUGAAUUGAUAGAUGAUCCACCAAUUAGAGGAACAAGAUCACUUUCAAACAUCUAUCAAAGAUGUAAUGUAGCAUUAUGUGAACCUGCUGAUCAUGAAGAAGCUCUUAAAGACCCUAAGUGGAAGAAAGCAAUGAAGGUACUGAGAUUUUUGUUGAUAAUCAAGCAGCAAUUGCAAUUUCACGAAAUCCAGUAUUUCACGGAAAAACAAAACACUUCAACAUCAAGCUCUACUUCUUGAGGGAAGUGCAACAAACUGGAAAAGUGAAACUUGCUUACUGCAAGUCUGAAGAUCAGCUGGCAGAUUUGUUCACAAAGCCACUUCCAGUUGGCAAGUUCGAGUUACUAAGGAAGAUGAUUGGAAUUUGCAGUGCCUAAAGCAAGGAGGAGUGUUAAUAAUUUGCUUCAGGACUGCCACGUUGAACUUUUCUUUGAUUAGUUUCAGUCAAAUUUGUUUUUCCAGUCAAUAAGUCCUAUUCUUUAGGAUAUUGUUAAUGUUAUCAGAAAUCUUGGUUGUUA